UCAGUGGUAAAUUACAAUAUUGAUGGAAAUAAAAAAUUCUCCUAGUUUCGGUUAAAACUUGUUUGAGGAAUAAUAUUACGCAUAAUUAUAUUUGAGGUAACAAUCUCCCGAUUCCAAUUCAGACAAAGAUACUCUCGCACAAUUUCAAUGGCGAGUUCAAAAUUUCAAGCUUUAUGGAAUCACCCAGCUGGACCUAAAACCAUUCAUUUCUGGGCACCAACCUUCAAAUGGGGAAUUAGCAUUGCUAAUCUAGCUGAUUCAACAAAACCCCCUGAGAAAGUUUCAUAUCCCCAACAGAUAGCUGUUACAGCAACUGGAGUUAUUUGGUCACGCUAUAGCACUGUUAUUACUCCUAAGAACUGGAAUCUCUUCAGCGUAAACAUUGUAAUGGCUGGCACAGGCAUUUACCAGCUUAGCCGAAAAAUUCAGCAUGAUUAUUUUAACAAGGAGGAAGCUGCUGUUGUGACGAAGGAAUGAUGAUGAAAAUUGUGUUUUGUAAGUUAAUAGAAUCGAGCUGUGAACGUGUACGGUACCAAUGGCUGGGUCUAUCAUUUUGCUAUCUGUUUGUGCUGUCCAUCGCCUUUGAUCUUGAAUCCCUAUAUACUUUUGGAUGAUCGAGGGAAAAUAAACGAAUAAUUAGUUUCUUGA